GACUUGCUGACACUGACACCUGAUAAACAAAAAUAAAAGUUGCCAAAAUGUUAUUUAAAUGCAAUUUCUCGUGAAUUCCCGAAAUAAAACAUUUUGCAUUUAAUAAAUUAAAUAAAGCUUUAAAGCAGUGAAGUAAUCAGUUUACAUAGCUGAAAUCUUAGAAUUAGAAUUGUUUUCGACCGGAAUUGUUGAAAUUCCAAUUUGAUUUUUGAAGUGUGUCAAAAUCUAAAUAAUCAUCUCAUACAUGCCGGCAUAAACAAAUAAACAUCACCUGAUAAAAGAAUUAUAUAUGAGUAAAGAUCAAGCCAUGCGGUACAAAAUUAAAUGCCGACCAGAAAACAAAAACAUUAUCAGCCUCUCAUCUCAAUGGAUUGUUUUUGUUAGUUCUACAAAGAGUAGUCUAAAUAAAGAAAUGUUCUUCCGCUUACUAAAAAAAAAUUCUCUGAAUAAAUCUUAAGACUCGUAAAGUAAUAUACAAGCGCCCACUCAGUCGCUGAAAAAGCAUUGGAGGUGCCGUUUGCAAAAUCAUUUAUAUUAAUUUUAUUUCUGUGCUGAAGCACAAAACUUACUAAACGAGAUUAAAAAUUAAAUCAGAUAUUCAAUACAUAAGCCGUAGAAAGCGAGGCUAAUAAUCAAUUUUUAUUAUCAAAUUUAUUAAAAAAGAUGGAUCCAAUGCAAGUUGAAGUUAGAGGCAUUGAAAAGCUCUUUGCUUUGGACGGAUAUCUGAAGCCAUUUGAAAAAGAAAUUCGCCGAAGACAUGGUAUCUUAAAAGAAUGGCUUAGUAAAAUCGAUAACCUCGAAGGUGGAAUGAAUACGUUUUCGCAAGCCUAUCAAUAUUACGGCUUACACUUUCAACCUGAUAAUUCUGUGAUAGCCAGAGAAUGGGCGCCUGGUGCCAAAGACGUGUAUUUGACCGGAGAUUUCAACAACUGGCAAUGGGAAGCAACCCCUUAUAGAAAAUUGGAUUUUGGAAAAUGGGAAUUGCACAUUCCAGCUAACCCAGAUGGAUCGGCACCUAUAAAACAUCUAUCAGAAAUCAAAGUAAUUAUUCGCAGUCAAGCUGGAAAACUUCUUGACCGACUUUCACCAUGGGCAGUGUACGUCAGGCAGCCACCCAAAGAAGCAAAUCAGGGGGUCAACUACAAACAGUACGUUUGGAAUCCACCUCAAAAUGAAAUUCAUAAAUUUGUCCACCCUCGUCCUCAACGCCCUAAAUCACUUCGUAUCUAUGAAUGCCAUGUUGGUAUAGCAUCCCAAGAACCUAAAGUGGGUACCUAUCAAAACUUUGCUGAGAAUAUUAUUCCAAGAAUAAAGAAUCAAGGAUAUAAUGCAAUUCAACUGAUGGCUAUUAUGGAGCACGCAUACUAUGCAAGCUUUGGUUACCAAGUAACAAGUAUGUAUGCUGCUUCUAGUCGCUACGGUACUCCAAAUGAGUUGAAAAAAAUGAUUGACGUUGCACAUGCUAACGGAUUAUAUGUUUUGCUGGAUGUUGUCCAUUCGCACGCAAGUAAAAAUGUUGAAGAUGGAAUGAAUCAAUUCGAUGGUACAAACAGUUGCUUCUUUCAUGAUGGAGCGAGAGGGGAGCAUGCACUUUGGGAUAGUCGCCUAUUCAAUUAUAAUGAAUAUGAAGUUUUAAGAUUUUUACUGUCAAAUCUAAGGUGGUGGCAUGAUGAGUACAAUUUCGAUGGAUACAGAUUUGAUGGUGUCACUUCGAUGCUUUACCACUCCAGAGGUAUUGGUGCAGGUUUCAGUGGUGAUUAUAGUGAAUAUUUCGGAUUGGGAGUAGAUACAGAAGCGUUGAUAUACUUGGCUCUAGCAAACCAUAUGGUUCAUGAACAAAAUGAAGAAGCAAUUACAAUUGCUGAGGACGUUUCUGGUAUGCCUGCUCUAUGUCGUCCUGUUUCCGAAGGUGGGGUUGGAUUCGAUUACCGUCUUGGAAUGGCAAUUCCGGAUAAAUGGAUCGAAUAUCUAAAGAACAAAACUGAUGACGAAUGGGAGAUGGGAAAUAUCGUCCACACCUUAAGUAAUCGUCGUUGGAAGGAGAGUACCGUGGCAUAUGCAGAGUCUCAUGAUCAAGCCCUUGUAGGUGAUAAGACAAUUGCAUUUUGGCUUAUGGACAAAGAAAUGUACACUCAUAUGUCUGUCAUGAGUGAACCGUCAAUAAUAAUUGACCGGGGAAUCGCACUUCAUAAAAUGAUACGUUUAAUCACGCACUCCUUAGGUGGUGAAGCUUAUUUAAAUUUCAUGGGCAAUGAGUUUGGUCAUCCAGAAUGGUUGGAUUUUCCACGAGUUGGUAAUAACGAUUCAUAUCACUAUGCACGUCGACAGUGGAAUUUAGUCGAUGAUAAGUUAUUAAAAUACAAAUAUUUAAAUGAAUUUGAUCGUGCCAUGAACUUAACAGAAGAUAAAUACGGUUGGUUGCAAGCAGAUCCUGGCUACGUAAGUUGGAAACAUGAGGGUGAUAAGAUUAUUGCGUUCGAAAGAGGUGGACUAGUAUUCGUUUUUAAUUUUCACCCAACAAGAAGUUUUACGGAUUACCGGGUUGGUACAAAUUGGGCAGGUGCAUAUAAAGCUAUACUUAGCACAGACGAUGAAUUAUUUGGUGGACAAAAUAGAAUUGACAAAAAUUGUGAACACUUAUCGGAUCCCGAUGGACAUGCUGGUCGAACAAAUUUUAUACAGGUCUAUGCACCAUCGAGAACUGGUGUUGUUUAUGCCAGAAUUCACUAAUCUGGAUAACUAAGAACUCGUGCUUGCAGCUGCAGUAUAUUUCUAUGGAUAUUAAAAAUCCUGUUGCUUAUAUUCCUUCUUAUUGAAACUAUUGUUCCGAAAAUAAAUAUAUAUAUUUUUUAUUACAUAA